GUCUAUUCUCCAAAUUCCCAAAAAGACGAAUUAAUCACACAUUUUCACUGUGUGUGAAUUUCAUUUUUCAUUGGUGAAAACAAGCUAUGGAAUCAGAACACUGUCUCUCACACAGGAAACAUAUCUCUCCACAUUGUCAUUUAAAAUCUCUUCAUUUCCAUCACAACACAUUUCAUCUUACACACAUCCAUCCCUUUCACUGCUUCUAACAUUUCUUCAUUAUUUUCUCAAACACCUCUUCACUGUUACUUACUUGCAUCAAUCCUAAUUCUCUCAUUGAUGGCUCCACCUGCUAGAUCCUAUCAUCUACAUGGACUCAAACUUGCAACAAUAAUCACUGUGCUUUUCAUCUUUUUCUUCUGCAUGCUAUUUUCCAAAUCAGGUGGAUCAUUGGUGUUGGAGAGAAAUGAUAGCUUGCAAGACAGAAAAAUGGUGAUAGGGUCAAAGCCUCCUGCUUGUUUAAAUAAGUGCAUGAAUUGUAGGCCUUGUAUAGCAACUUUGGUUGUUUCACAAAAACGAAAGAGUUACAAAGUGUUAUCUCGUGGGGAUGAUAAUGAUACUUAUUACCUUCUAGCAUGGAAAUGUAGAUGUGGGAAUAAGGUGUUUCAACCUUAAUUGAUUAUUGCUAGCAUCACUAUUUGUCACCAUUAAUUAUUAUUCCUACAUAUAUAUUUAGUAGAGGGUGAGGAUAAAAUUGUUUUUUCAGGUCUA